AUGAUUCGUACUGAUGUUGAGCAAGAUGAUCAGGAGCAGGAGUAUGAAGAGGGAACAUUCGUUGUAAACAGUGAUGAUGACUCCGCAUUCUUCAACUUAGAUUUUGGCGGCUCUUCAACAUUUGGAAAACAAAAUAAUAACAGAAGCGGUACAAUGGGCGGAUUCGUUCGCAACGAUUGGCAAAAUCGUGAUACAACAAUUGCCGCCGCAGCAAAAGCUACAACAGACCCAUCAGCAAAUUGCAGUCGCCAAUGCGAUACUUGCAUGUUCAGUUUCUUAUGUAAAUCUUCUUUCAAAGGUCUAUCUUCACUCGGUGGCGGCGGCUUUAUUCCAAAGCUUGGAUAA